CGCUAUCACAAUCAACUAUCUUUGCAGUUCAAUCAGUCCAGGUCAGUACCCAGCAGCUCGAGCUGCCUGUCUUUCACCAUACUUUAUCUCCCCGCCUUCCGACUCGCCACCCGUUGCACCUUUCCACCGAUCCUCUUCACAGUUCGUACCAUGUCUUCCAUCGCUCCUUCCGUCGCUGGAGAGUAUACUUCUUUUGCCCCGGUCGAACUGAGCCAGCUCACUUCUCUGUCCAAGGAUGCAAGGGAUAAGACUCUGGUCAUCCGGAAAGUGACAGAAGAUAUCGUCACCUUCAGUGUGCCAUUUAGCAGAGCGGGUCUCUUCGCCAUUGGUGGCAGAUCCACAGCCAUUCGACUUCCCUCAUCUGACAUUUUCAUUUACGUCUCUCAUCCUCAUACUUCUGCGACUCAAGAAGCCCUCAAGAAGCUAAGAGGCGAAGUGAAAUACCUCGUAACUCCUGAUGGAGAACAUGGUAUGUACAUCGCCGAUUAUGUCAAAGCGUAUCCUGCUGCCAAACCGAUCGGCGUGUUGAGACACAAGACUCAGAAGCCUAACAUCCCAUGGGCCGGUUUGUUUGGGGAUGGAGGCGAGAAUCAAAAGUAUGGAUUUGAGCCAGACAUCACUCUCCAUCAAUGCUCCUCUCAUGCAAAUCACGAGCUCAUGGCCAUCCAUCAUCCCUCUGGUACUUUGCUCGAGGCCGACAUGCUGUUCAACCUUCCCCCGAAGGAACAGUAUUCUCGUGCGGGAGGUACACCAUUUGGAUCACGUUUGUUUGGUGGAGCAAUGAGUCCAGGAGGAAAGGUACAUAGUACCAUGGUCAGUGGAGUGAUGAAGGAUAAGGCUCUCUUGAAAAAGGAGUUGGCACCUAUCAACAAUGCAAAGUGGGAUAGACUCAUCCCCUGCCACGGGGACGUGAUCGAGACUGGAGGGAAGGUAGCAUGGGACAAGGUGUAUAGACAGUAUCUCUGACCAGUGAGUAUCGAUUGUUGUAUUUCCACUGUUUUCAUGAAGGUGUGUCAAGUUUUG